AUGGCAGAACACCUGUUGUUCGGACUGCGUAGGCCGAGAGAAAGAGUUUUUCAUCCGAGGAUGAAUAAUUUGAUCCGUUUGGAUGAUGUGGAUAUUAAGAAACGUUAUCGGUUAACCAAAGAUGUCGCGAAAACGUUGGUUGAUGAUUUGCGAGAAGAUCUCUCUAAAUGUGGAAGAUCACGCGCAGUUUCGCCAGAAAUACAGGCAUAUACAGGCACAUCUCUAUGGAACAAUCUCUGGUUAAUGUUUUAUGCAACGUUUCGACGUGUUUUCCCCACAAUUUAUCCAGUGAUUGUUGUUCCAUAA